GAGGUGGGACUGGGCCGGAAACGGUGGCAAUGGAUGGCCUCCGGGGCUCUGGAAUCAGUCACGGCGCAGCUGUGCGGCCUCGGACAAGCGACUUCUUUCUCUGAACCUCAGUUUCCUCCUCUGUAGAAUGGGGGUCAGAAUCCGACUAUAGCUCCCUCCUUAUGGAUUGGAGUGAGAAGUCAGCUCCUGCAUGUUGGAGUCCCUCGCUCAGUGCCUGGCACAGUGCUCACUCUUAUUGUACUGUUGUUAGUAUUGAUGGUAAUAUUUGCGCUUAGCAUGGAAGAUGCGGGUAUGGGAGCGUGACUGAUUGUUGGACUUGGAGGCUGACAGAUUUCAGUUCAAGUCUCAGUUCCACUUUGUGGCAGUGGGCCUGUGCCUCCAUCCCUCCGAACCUCACUUUCUUCAUCUAUACAAUGAGGACUGGUAGUCCAAGUAUCAUAGGGUCAUUGUGAGGAUGCUAAUGAAAGGUGGGUGUAAAGCCCUUAGCACAGGGCCUGGCACGGUAUUGAGUAGGAGCUUGAUAGAUUGGGACUGUCAUAAUGAUGACUCUGAGAGUCAUUGGUGUAGCUGAGACUUGAAAUAGAGAGAUGGAGGAAGCUCAAAGACAGCAAUAGGACAAUCGGGGAAAUCAAUAUCCAGACACUUACUAUUUGGCCAAUUUUCCCAAAUCUCAUAGUAUUAGAUUUUUCAUUUUCUUUAAAACCGCUGAUGCAUUUUCCUCCACUUAAUUUGAGAAGGAAAAAUUGUAUUUGCUAUCUUAAUGAAAACUGGCCUGGCUGGCCAUGAAAAGGAGCACUUAAACCCGAAAUCCAAUGGAAUCAGAACAGUCUAUUAAAUUGUAGACAGAAAUGGAGAUAAAAAAGGGAAUAACUUAUGCUGUGUGAUUCCAUGUUUUCAGGUCCCAUGGACCCUUUCAGGUUAUUUUAUACUCUGUUCUCAGCUCACGCUUUGCAUAUAGCUUAUAUAGGUCAGUGACUGUCCUACCCUUCCCCUAGCUCACUGAAGAUUUUUCUAUUUUAUUUAAUGCACACGUACAUAGUACUCAUCACCUACUGAGCAUUGUUCUAACGGCUUGGCAUUUAAGAACUCAUUUAAUCCCUCUAGCCACUUGAACAAUAGAUAUUCCUGUCAUUCUUACUUUAUAAUUGAGGGAAGUGAAAUCCAGAAAGAUUAAGCCACUUGCCCCAGAGUGAGGAUUAGGAAGUGGUAGAAUUGGGAUUUGGAUCCAAGCCUUCUAAGGGCUUAGCACAGGGCAUCUAGUACAUUAUAAUUACUCGAGUUUUGGAAGUGGUCAUUUUUCCAUAUUAAUAAUUUUCACUGUUCAGAGAGUCAGUGUUGGAGAUGGGCUUUUAAUGGUGGAGAGAGGAAACUGAAUCCAGCAGGAAAUUCUGAAGCUGUGGGAGGAUACCAGUAUUUAAAGGCUUCUGAUGGGGACACCGAGACCUGUCUGGCGCAGUAACCUGCCAAGACCACACAGCUAGCUCCAGGGAGCAGCAUUGGGGCCAGGGCGACAAUGGUCUCAGUGACUAUGGCCACUUCUGAGUGGAUCCAGUUCUUUAAGGAAGCUGGCAUUCCUCCGGGGCCUGCUGUCAAUUACGCAGUGAUGUUUGUGGAUAACAGGAUCCAGAAGAGCAUGCUGCUGGAUCUCAACAAGGAAAUCAUGAAUGAGCUGGGCGUGACUGUGGUGGGCGACAUCAUUGCCAUCCUCAAACAUGCCAAGGUGGUGCACCGUCAGGACAUGUGCAAAGCUGCCACUGAGUCAGUGCCCUGCAGCCCCAGCCCCAUUCCAGGCGAGGUUCGCCGAGGCGCCUCUAGCGCCGCUUCCCGAAUGAUCGCCAACAGCCUGCACCGCGACUCCCCACCGGGCACUCCCCCGAGGCGGCCAGACACCAGCGCUUCCAAGAUCUCUGUCACCGUGUCCAACAAGAUGGCAGCCAAGAGUGCCAAGGCCGCGGCAGUCCUGGCCCGCCGGGAGGAGGAGAGCCUGGCUGUUCCCACCAAGCGACGCAGGGUCACUGCCGAGAUGGAGGGGAAAUACAUCAUCAACAUGCCCAAAGGCACCACUCCCCGGACGCGAAAGAUCCUGGAGCAGCAGCAGGCUGCAAAAGGUCUCCACAGGACAUCCGUGUUCGACCGCCUCGGCGCCGAGACCAAGGCAGACACGACGACAGGGAACAAACCCACGGGAGUCUUCAGCCGCCUGGGGGCCACCCCGGAGAUGGAUGAGGAUCUGGCUUGGGACAGCGACAAUGACAGCAGCAGCUCUGUCCUGCAGUAUGCUGGGGUCCUGAAGAAGCUAGGCCAGGGCCCAGCCAAGGCCAGUCCCCAGCCAGCCCUGACUGUCAAAGCCAAAGCCACAAGCUCAGCAAUGACAACAGCUGAUACCCCGACACUCCGGCGCCUGGCCCUUUCCACCCGCCCUUCCGCCCGCCCGAGGAUCGAGGCCCUGUCCAAAGUCAGCAUCAUCCAGAGACUGGGCAAGGCUGCCCUUGUGCCUGAGGCCCAGGACAGCCAGGUCACGAGCACCAAGAGUAAGUCUUCGGCCGAGGUCAAGGUCACCAUUAAGAGGACUCUGGGGCCCCGGGGGAGCAGCUCCAGCGAGGGCCUUGGUGCCCAGAUGGACCAUGCGGGCACUGUGAGCGUGUUCAAAAGACUGGGCCGCAGGACCUAGCCCGCGGGCGGGGCGCAGGCCCCUCCAGGCUCCCGGCCCCAUCAGGCUUCAGUGAGGGCUUCCCCCGCUGGAUGGCACUGCUGGUCUCCCUCAGGCGUUCAGGCCCAGCCCGAGCUUUGGGGAUUCACCCCAUUUUUCUGAGUCAAGAUGGUCGCUGUGGCCUGGCCUUGCCGCUCUGGGACUUUCCCUUCUCUCAUGUCCUCUGUUCUGUCCUCUCUGACCGUGGCCUUGGCAGGGCCCACUUUUCUACCUCUUCCAAGUGCCAAGUGCCCUUUUCCUCUCCUACGUCCCCUCCCCUCCCUCUCAGCAGCGUCUGCUGCCUCAAAGCCCAGCUCCUCGUCUUCCUGGUCCCCCGGAACGGGUGUCACCUGGAGGGGCUCCCUCGGCCCCUCACCCUGCCAGCUUCCUCCCCUCACUCCUCUGCCCCCCGUCCCACCUUAACUGCUCUGAUUUUCCCUCUCUUCACUCUGUUCAUUUCUCUUCUGUUUUCUGUCCCUGUGGCAAGGCCCGACGGUCCGCUGUGUCCUGCCUGACCCUCCUGCACCUCCGGCCACCCAGCGGCCCCCUCGUCGACAGUGGCGUCGAGCUUGUAGAGACUGUUAGCGGCCCUCACUCCCGGGCUGGAGGCGCCGUCCCAGAUCAGGCCCUGGGCUGCAGCCGGGCCACCUCCGUCUUCCUGCCCUGGGUGUCUUUUUCUCUGAAAGGCCAUGGUGGGUGGCGGGCAGGGGGCACUGGGAAGGGAGACCAGUGCCGAGAGAGAAGGAAACAGCUGUUUUAAUAUAUUUUGGUGACUUUCAUACUAUUUUCCUCCCCUCCUUCAAGGUGAGUCGCAGGAUUGUUUUUCACACGAAGCACAGUGUGUGAGUUGGGGGACAGCAAUGAAGGGAUGGGCUCUGCCUCUGAGGGUCAAACUCUGCACACACCUGGGCCCCAAGUCCGAGGGAGUGCUGGUCACGGUCCCCGUUUAGCUGGGCCUUCUCCUCCCCUCGACAGACCGCGCAGUUCGUCACCCUGCCUUCCGCCUCCACAGAUUCCACCUGUUUCCGUCACUCUCCCUGUUGGCAGCUCUCCAAAUCGCACGCUGUUUGGAGGCGGUGGGUUCCUGUGGAUUUGGUUUUCACUGCUUGCUGCUGCACAGCCCUUACUCUGUGCCAGGCCUGUCCUGGGAGCUGGGAACCCCUUCAUGAGCAAGGCAGACAAACCCCUGCCCUCGUGGCUCUAGCUGGGGAGAUGGCAAUGUGACCGCACUUUCCAAAGAAUCAAGGGAUGAGCAGAAGUGACCAGGGCCUCUUUAGAUGUCGGGGGUAAGAAGGCCUUUCAGAGGAGGUGACAGGUAGGCCAAGUUGGAAAGGAGAAGCAGCAGCACAUGACGGUCAGGAAGAGCUUUCAGGCAGAGGAAAUGGCUAGGCGAAGGCCUGUCUGGCUGGCUGGUGACGGAGGGACCUUCCCUCCAGCAUAGGGGUGGCCCAGCAGCCGAUGACCAGGAGCCUUGUGACCCAGGGUGAGGAGCAUGGACAUCAUCCCCAGAGCACUGAGGAGUUUGGGAGGGUCUGAGGCAGGCGAGUAAUGGUCAGACAUGACUUGUGAAGAUGACGGUGGCCCCGUAAGGAAGAUCUUGCUGGGAGAGCAGGGGCGGGCCAGGGAGGCAGCCACCGCGGCCGGACGAGACAGCAAGGUGGGCGGUGGGGAGAGGGAAGUGGGUGGCCCAGGGUUCAGAGUAGGGGCAGCACGGGGCCUGAUGGAUUGGAAGUUGGGGUGAGGGGAGGAUGGAAAGAAUGGGUCACACUUACAAGGGAGACGAGCAUCUAAGGAAGGUGCUGUUAUGGGGCCUGAGGGCCGGGGAGCGGGGAGCAGGUGGGGCGGGAGGGCACUCGGCUCUCCCUGUAUUCUCUGAGGGGUGAGCGGGCUGCUUGGGCUCAGGACUGCCGAGCUGGGCGUCAGCAGCUUCGGGGUGGGCCCGGUACUGCGGUGUUCAGGGCCGAGGGCCCGGCGAAACCAGCUGGAAGGGGGCGUAGAGAGAGGAGAGGACCGGGAGGGACUUUGGAGCCCUUUUACUAAUUAGAGAACAGAUCUGAUAAGGAGAUUCCCAAGGAGCAGCGGGGGUUUGGAGGAGAACUAAGAGGAAGUGAAGAUGACAUUAGACCUCCAUUUUUUAAUUGUAAAAGAUACAUAAAAUUUGCCAUUUUAACCAUUUUUAAAUGUACUGUUUUGUGGCAUUAAGUACGUUUACAUUGUUGUGUAACCACCACCACCAUCCAUCUCCAGAGCUGCUUUCUUCCCAAACUGGUCAUUUAUUUUUAGUUCUUUCAUAAUGUCAUAUCGGGAGCCCUCUUUGUGUCAGGCAGUGUCCCAAGCACUGGGCCUGGGGUGUGAAGGGCUGGAGUUCAGUAUGAGGGACAGUGGUAGAAAGAGCAGCUGUCGACCUCGCUCCUGGUGAGGGCCCAGGCUGGGUCCUCGGGGCACUGGUCCAGGUCGGCCUGGGAAGGACAGCAAAUGACUGCAAUGUUGAUUCCGGACACCGCCCUUUCAUGUCCCAGCCACGAGGAGGCGCUCACGCACACACACUUUCCUUGCUGCUCUUCUCCGCCCCCUACCUCCUAUAAUUUCUUCUUGUCCCACUUCAUGGAUAAUUUUAGCAAAUGCCAGGGUUAAAUGGAAGUGUUCCAGUUACUAAAUUUAGGAGCACAAGUAAUUUCUUGAUGCGUAGUAGGAUCUACGAUGACAUAAACGCAUGUAUAGCUCCCGUGAAAGGCUUACCUGCGUGAGGUAAGUCGUCACUUGCUCUUUAGAGGCUCAGAGAGGAGUAAACUGCUAAAGACCUCACCCAGUUGGCAAGUGGCAGGACUGGGGUGGACGUCAGGGAGCUGAGCCAGAUCCUGGCCCCUUAACUACUACCCUGUGCUGUCUCAAUCACAGAUUUGAAACGGUCCUUUUGCAUAGGUGGAGGGUGGGGUCCUAGGAGAUUUUCUAGUCAUCUCUGUCUUCUCGCCCCAUCAAUUCAUCCUCUGAAGCAUCUGCAGCUCUGGCAUGCCUCUGGCCUUGAGUGCCACGCCCCAUCCUGCCACCCUUUGCCAGAGGGACCUGGCGCUGGAUGCCUCCUCUGCUCGCAGUCGCUCUAGAGCCCCGGUGUCCCACCCAUGUGAUUUGGUGAUUGCCCCAAACCAACCCCAACGGCUGUGACUGCAGGAGUGCAUUAUUUUUUCUUUGGUUCUCUUAAACACUUUUGAGCAUAAAUAGUACAUAGUUUAAAGUGCAAAGGAUACAAAAGUCUUUACAGUGAAGUUUCCUCCUGCAUCUCCUAGCCCCCAGUCCCCUCCUCAGAGGCCACUGUUGUUACCAGUUCUUGAGUAAUCCUUCCAGAGAUGGAUUACACACGUGCGCGCACGCGCACGCACACACACACGCACGCGCGCACACACACACGCGCACACACACACACACACACACACACACACCAGCCUAAUUUAUUUAACCAGUCCUUUUGGAAGGGAGUUCAAGUUGCUUCUAGCCUCUUGUGAUUACAAGCAGAGCUGCAGUGGGAAAGCCUUGUUCACCUGUGGGGCCAAUUCAGGGCUGAAUCUGAAGAGUUCCAAUGAUACCACUUCGGUGCAAAUGCUGAUAGUGGGUCAAUAGCAAAUCUGAACUAGGCCCUCCCCCAAGACUGGCAUUCUUCAGAUGGUUUACUUACACAUUUAUCACUCCGUUCCACAAAGGAAUUAAGAGCAGUUGAACUCCAGUGUUUGGAGCACGCUGGAGGAAGCAAGUCGGGAUGCUAAGAACUGACAUUGACCACCACCUCUGGGCCAGGAAGUACAAAUCAGUGCUUUGUUACAUCGAUGGACUUGUCGAGUUCUCAGGGUCGGGGCAUCACUACGAAAGUCAGGGAUUUCCUAGCUUAUCCUACAAACACAUAGAGAUGGCGGGGCAGUGAGCCCAUGGCUCUUGGUAAACCCAGAGCCAGAUCUGAGCCAGUUGAGGCAAAUGAUUCUGUUUAGACAUGGUCUUGGGAUGAGGUCACCUCUGAACAUGUCACCUCUUUUGGUAGCUCCACCAGUGGAUGCAAAGCAAGAUGGGUGCUUCUAAUGCCUGUGGCAGCAGCCAAGGUCCCAGCCAGUCCCAUUGCCCCUUCCUGCAGUGCCUGAGCCUGGUGCUUGAGAUGGGCCAGAGGUCAAAGUCAGGCCCCAGUGAUCCCGACCCCACCUUUCCCUCCUUUGGGAUCCCAGCUGAUUUAGUCUAGUGAGCACUGCUCCUACAGACCUGCCUCUGAAGGCCCGGUGUUUACCAACACUGAACUUGACCUGCUUUGUGAACUCCAGGCCUUCGCAAACUUCAACAAACAGGAACAGACUUUAUUUUUUAGAACAGUUUUAGAUGUGCAAAAAAAUCAAGACGUACACUUAGUAUGGAGUUACCAUCUACCCCAUAAUCCACUUUCCUUUAUUAACAUCUUAAUUAGUAUGAAAAUGUUUGUUACAAUUCACCCAUAUGGAUACAUUAGUAUGAAGUCCAUAGUUAUUCAGAUUUCCUUAGUUUUAAUAUCUUUUUCUCUUCCAAGGUACCAUAUUACAUUUAUGUUGUCAAACAUUUAUGUUGACAAAUAAGGAGUUGUCUUAGGCUCCUCCUGGUUGGGGCAGUUUCUCAGACUUGUUUUGGAUGACCUUGACAGUUUUGAAGAAUGCCGGUCCAGGUAUAUUAUAGGAUGGCCAUCAAUCGAGAUUUGCCUGAUGUUUUUCUUGUGAUUAGACUGGGGUUGCAUAUCAUUCAGAGGAAGAGCUCAAGGGAAGUGCCAUUUUAUCCAUCCCAUCUAGGGUGCAUACUGUGAACCUGAUUGAUCACUGUUUGUGUUGAUCUUGAUCAUCUGGCUUGAUUACCUACUAUUUGUCACAUCUUACCGCAAAGUCCUCUUCUUUCUCCCUUUCCAUAUUGGUCCCUUUGAAAGGCAGUCACUCCGAGCAGCUUACAUGUAAGGGAUGGGGGGCUCACAAAAUACUGACAUAAACUGUUUGGAAUUCUUUCGCAAGGGAGAUUGGUCUCUUCUCCCUAUUUAUUAAUUCAAUCUUUUUUUUUUUUUAAUCAGUGUAGACUCACGCAUAUUUAUUUUAUGAUUUGGAUUAUCAUCCAAUGUUACUUUAUUGUGCUGUUCACGUUAUUUCAGCUUUGGCCAUUGGGUGCUCUUUCGGUUGGCUCCUGUGUCCCUUUGACAUAGCUCCAUUAUUGUGUAGUGGGGUUUUCUUGUUUGUUUUUUGUUUGUUUGUUUGUUUGUUUGGCACUUCCUUACUUUCUGACACUACAGAUCCUCCAGGCUUAUCUUGUGUAUUUCCUGCCCUGGUCCUAGAGCCUAGCAUUUCUCCAAGGAGCCCAGUUCCUUUCAUUGUAGAAUGGUAUCAGAACCAAGAUCUAGGCAUGAGGUGUGCUCGUUGCUACUGGGGUGACACCCCCUUUUUAAAAAAUGUAAUCUUAAUAUGCAACCCCAAAAUAGCAUGUUGAAAAUAGAAAAGCAAUAAUUUAUUAGCAUACUUAAAUGUUUAUUUUGGAUUAAUUCAUACAGACAGUACAAAAUUCAAAGGUAUAUAUACAAGACUGCUUUGUGCCCAGUAGACUGGCAAAAAAUUUAAAGUCUCAAUGUUGGGGAAGAUUUGGAGUAAAGGGAGCAUACACAUUGCUACAGGAAUGUCAUUUGGUAUCAACCACAUAAAGAGCUUUUAAAAAAUAUAUAUUUUAUUGAGAUAUAAUUCACAUAUCAGACAUUUGUUCCAUUUAAAGUGCACAGUUCAAUGGCUUGUAAUUAUUCACAGAGUUGUGCAUCCACCCCACAUUUUAGAACAUUUUCAUUACCUUGAAAAGAAACCCUACACCCCUUAGUCAUCAUUCCCAGGCCCUCCCAUACUCUGCCCCCCAUUCCAAGCCCCUGGCAACCACAAAUCUGCUUUCUGUCUCUAUGGAUUUGCCUCUUCCAGACAUUUCAUAUAAAUAGAAUCAUACAAUAUGUGGCUUUUUGUGACUGGCUUCUCUCACUUAGCAUGUCUUUCAGGUUCAUCCAUGUUGUAGCAUGUGUCUGUACUUCAUUUAUUUUUAUUGAUAAUAUAGCAUUGUAUGGAUAUAGCACAUUCUGUUUACUUAGUUGAUGGACACUUGGUUUGGUUCCACUUUGGGGCUAUUAUAAACAAUGCCUCCAUGAA